GUUUUUGCCUAAUCUGCCCAUAGUCUUGCCUUGCCUGUUUCCCUAUGUUUACUUUUUUUGCCUGUGCAUCUGUGCAUCUUUGGAUUGUGUUUGCACAUCCUUACCUGGAUUGUAAUGUUAAUGGAAUUGAUUCUCAUGGAAUUAUUUAAUUGAUAAAAUUCCUGAAAGCAGUUUUAAAUUACUUUGGAUAAAACACUCAAAAUGUAAAUGUAUUUCUUUUUAUCGGCGUUGAAAAGAGUUCUUUUUGUGGAAACUGGAAAUGAUACCUUCUGAAUGAUAUCCGCCUUUUUCCUGAAUGCGAAAGUAAGGUUUGCAUUGCAGUUCGUUAGAUGCUAUAGAGAAAUAACAAGGAAAAUAAUGUGCAAUAAACGGUAAAAAUGUUUGCACUACAAACCAGUGUGUGUUCAUGAUUAAGAUAAUACACCAAAAAUAUUUUUUACGUCAGGGUACCUAAAUUUUGUAUGUAUAUCUUCUUAAUAAUGAAAUAUACUGAAUAUUUAUUUUUAUUAUUAAUUUUUAUUUCAAUAAUAUAUUAUAAGCGUAUCCUUAAGGCACUAUAAUGAAUGCAUAAUACAUUAUAAAAACACUUAUAAUGCGUUAUAACAUGAAUAAUCCUAAAAACAUAUUAUAACAAUUUGUCAUUGUAACUUUUAAGAGUAUGAUUAUUUAUAACUAUAAACAGCGCAUUAAUCUACUUUGUUUACAACUAACUAUAUCAUAUCUUUAUUAAGAUCUGCACUGAAGAUCAAACCACUUUUGUGAGCGGUUAGGUGCUGAGUAUUAUCUGUUUCCUGUGAGGCUAAUAUUAAGGCUAAUGUGAGCUAGGUAAUGCUACCAACUGAAAAAUAAAUUAUUAUAUAAACCUAAAAGUAUCCGUAGACUUUAGGUAGAGUAGGUAGAUUGUAAAAGUAUGUUGCAAAGUAUCCUUUACUCAGUAUGUCUCACGAGGAAGCAUCAAAACAAAGUGUUAGCAUAUAUUAGUGCUAAUACUCUACUGAAGGCUAGUCGGCAUGUACCUUGCUUAUCGACAGCCAUCUAAAGGGUACUAUUAAAAGCAAAUGUGUCAUAUUACUCGUUCAUCUGAUCUGAUCUUAUGGGCUGUUCGAGAUCAUGGUAGCUUAAGUGGAUAAAUCUUUUUCAUUGUGUGUUAUAAAUGAUCAUACUCUUAAAAGCUAUAAUCACAGAUAGUAAAUACCAUAACACAUUAAAACUGUUCUUAUGAAUAUGCAUGAGAUGAUACAACAUUGUCAUCUUUAUAACGCAUUAUGCAUUCGUUAUAAUGAACGUGCAUUAUAAAAGAGCGCUUCACGGAAAGCGUUACCCUUUUUUUCUUUUUAAAAACGCAUUAUAUUAGCCACUCCAAAGUAAUGAUUUAGCAAAAAAAUAUUGUGUAUACGUGAGCAUGUUUGGCUUUGCAUGUGUCAAGGCAACUUCCUAUUUAAACCACCACUUAAAGCAAGUUCCUGUAGAGUUUGUGCGCCUAUUCUCAACAUGACUGAUGAAGAGAGGGUGAUCUACACUUCCCUGGAGGUGCUCAUCUCUGUGGGCUGCUGCCUGGGGAACGUGCUGGUGAUCUGGGCGGUGUGGUCCUGCCGUGCCUUGAGUCAGACCACGUUCUGUUUCGUUGUGUCCUUGGCUGUGGCUGAUCUUCUGGUGGGAGCCGUGGCCGUGCCUCUCUCGGUGGUGGUCGAUGGACGCUUGGAGACUAGUUUUUACUGCUGCCUCUUCAUCAGCAGCGUGAUCAUUGUGCUGACCCAGGCCUCCGUUCACUCGCUGCUGGCCAUCGCUGUGGACCGAUACCUGCGCGUUUAUAACCCUCUCAGGUACAGAGGAGCGGUCAAAAAGAAGCACCUGUGGGCCGCGGUCACUGUAUGUUGGCUGUCUGCUCUUAUACUAGGUCUUAUUCCCAUGUUUGGAUGGCACAACAAAAACACGACAACCUCCGAAAACCACACAAUUACGUGUAAUUUCACCACAGUCAUAGACAUGUCCUACAUGGUCAACUUCAACUUCCUCGCUUGCAUCCUCACACCCACCAUCAUCAUGAUUAUCCUGUACUUGUUACUCUUUAAUAUGAUAUCCAAACAGCUGAGAAAAGGAGUCGGGCGCGCUGCGGAGUCCAGGUCGUUUUACUUCAAGGAGCGGAAACUGGCCAGCUCUCUGGCUUUGGUUCUGAUUCUGUUUGCCGUUUGUUGGUUCCCGCUGCACGUAAUCAACGCGCUCGACUACUACACGGGCGUCAAGGUGCCCGUUCUCGCCUUACACGUCACCAUCCUCCUCUCUCACGCUAACUCCGCCGUGAACCCUAUAGUGUACGCGUUCAAGGUCCCUAAGAUCAAGAUGGCGUAUAAGAGCAUCCUGAUGAAGCUGACGAGCUCGGAGCAGAGGGGAGAUCAGAACACUUUGGAUAACAACUUCAGCAGCAACUCGAACAGCAUGGUCCGGUGCAGCAUGAAAAUAAACCCGCAGGUCGCUAAUCAGGAUGGUUAGCGCUAGUCUGCCAUCACGUACAAUAAGUAGGGGAGGCCUGGCUAAAGUAAAAAAAUAUCCAGCGGUGGACCUGUAUAUGCCUUGCUCCUACAUUAUAUAUACAAGUCAUAUAAUGUUGCUACAAAGAACAUUAUUUGUGUAUUUGGGGUAAUGCAAUGUGUUUCUGUGGUUUAAGUUUUAAAACACACAUUAUUUUCCACGUACUGUACAUUAUUGUUUCUCCUCUAAGCCCCGCCUCCCGAAACGGGUCGAUUUGUACAAAGCUCACCUUUCUAAGGUGUGCUCCGAUUGGCCGGCUAUCCAGUGCAUUGUGAUUUGCUGAAAUGUUACGCCCUUUUUUAAAACACGACGCCGCUUCCCACUACUGUGGCACCAAACAAUAAAACACAUUACAAACGAGGCCUCUGUUGCAUCCAGUGGAGACACAUUUACUGAUUAUCGUGACGUGUCGCCUUUUUUAAGCAUUCACGUUACAUCACGCCUCUUAAACGUGAACAAGAAGUGCAAGAUAGCCUCUGUGCACAGCUAGCAUAGCUGCUCAGGAAAUAGUCUUCUGUAAAUGCACUGAACACACUCUAAUAUGUGUGUCGAUCUGUUCUAGAACAGUGUAGUAAAUACAACUUAACCCCUGAUUUCUAGUUGUGUCCUCUUUUGGAAGCACAAGCAAAGCGGUUUCUCUCACAACCACGCGCUGUGAUGAAGACACGCCCCCACGUUGUGAUGUGUACAGGUCAUAGUCUUUAUAAAGAACAUCUCUUUGAUUUUGAGACUUUACUCAAAAUCUUCUUCUUUAUGCACCAAGAGCUUGUGACACUCUAAAGAGAAAGGAAAAUGUUAAAUGACAUCGUAUCCAACAUCCAAAAAUACACUUUAAUUCUAGCGUUGUCAUAUUUUGUGUUAAAGAAAAAAAAAGCUGCCCUAAAAACAAACCCGCUGUAGAAUAAAGAGGCUGUUUUUCCUGCAUGUAUACAAUGAAUGCUAAAAAUAUGUUUUUAUACACUUAUUUGUUUUGUGUAUCUUACUUUUAAUGACAACUUGCACUAACAUGCGUUUCAAUGAAGUGUGUGUGUGUGUGUGUGUAUAAUCUGUAUAUAUGUUUUGGGGUCUUUAACAUUUUUUUUAAUAAAGCAUGGGAUCGAUUU